UCUCUUGCUCUUGCUCAUUGCUUUGUCAUCAAUAAGCGGCAACACAAAUCAAGCAGAGGCGCGCCGCCUCCUGGAGUCGGCCUUGCCUGAAAUUCCUUUGCCAGAAAUUCCAGGUUUACCAAAGCCGGAGCUACCAACACUGCCGAAACCGGAGCUGCCAACUUUGCCCAAGCCUGAGUUCCCAACAUUGCCUAAACCUGAACUUCCGACUUUGCCCAAGCCAGAGCAACCAAAGUUGGAAAAGGCUGAGAUUCCAGAAUUGCCAAAGCCUGAGAUCCCAGAAUUACCAAAACCUGAGCUCCCGGAAUUGCCAAAGCCUGAGAUCCCAGAAUUACCAAAGCCUGAGAUCCCCGAAUUGCCAAAACCUGAAUUGCCAACAGUGCCAAAGCCUGAGUUGCCUAAGUUUCCUGAACUCCCAAAGUUUCCAGAAUUGCCUAAACCCACUUUGCCCGAAGGACACAAAUCCCCUCUCCUGCUAUUGCUCAUUACUCUGUCAUCAAUAAGUGGCAACACAUAUCAAGCAGAGGCACGGCACCUCCUGGAGUCGGCCUUGCCCGAGAUUCCCAAGCCUGAGAUUCCUCUGCCACAAAUUCCAGCUUUACCAAAGCCGGAGCUACCAGCACUGCCAAAACCGGAGCUGCCAACUUUGCCCAAACCUGAGCUCCCAACAUUGCCUAAGCCUGAGCUUCCAGCACUGCCAAAACCUGAGCUUCCCACUUUGCCCAAGCCAGAACUGCCAAAGUUGGAAAAGGCUGAGCUUCCAAAGCCUGAGAUCCCGGAAUUGCCAAAGCCUAAGCUUCCAGAAUUGCCUAAACCUGAGCUCCCAGAAUUGCCAAAACCUGAGAUUCCAACAUUGCCAAAACCCGAAUUGCCUGAGUUGCCUAAACUUCCUGAACUCCCAAAGUUCCCAGAAUUGCCUAAACCCACUUUUCCAGAAGGACCAAUAACCCCUUGAUUUGGAUCAUAGGAAAAAAAUUAUCAAGAAGUUGAUCUCAAGUGAUAAUUCUAUAGAGUGGGGUGAUUCUGUCAGAACUGGUUCUAGAAUGAUUGAGUUCAUAUAGUUGUUUGGUUACUUGUCUUGUUGUAUUCUGGUGAGGUGCAACUAUCGUUUGUGGUUAUGUCAGUUUACAUUUCAGUGCUUUCAAUUUGUAUCCCCCUGUGAAUUUGCCCAAUAUAUAUUUCAUGAUUGUUUGUGUAAUAA